AUGCCUUCACCUACCCGUCCUACUUGGCUCGCUCUCCUAGCUAUUGUGCAAUUAGCCUGGACGAAGAGCUGUCCACCAGUCUCAAGCUCGUUCAACAUCAAUGUCCAGAAUCUCUAUCCUGAGAGCGCAGCCUGGGAUCCAGUGACGUGCAGACUCUACCUGAGUUCCAUCUACAACGCCACCCUAGUUGCUUUUAAUCCUUACACCCACACCUCAGAAAUCAUUCCCCUUCCCGGCAUCUCGACCUUCCACCCAACCAACUCUAUCGCCUACCACGCCAACGGAAUCGACUACGACGCAGUGUCAGGAGAAAUCUACAUCGCCGCCGCAGCCGCCACGGCCUUCGAAAGCACCAUGAGCGGUGACUACUCGCACGCCAACUUCACGGGUCCGAACCGGGUGUUGAGAUACGAUCCUGUUCGAGAGGUUUUCAAUGGGGAUAUCGACCUCGCGCCAGCGCAGAAGGAGUUCCAGGCGAGGAAUGGCGACAAGCGAACGAGUGGGUUCCAGGAUAUGGCUGAGGACUUGCAAGGGAAUUCGUAUGUGAUUGGGACGUUUGGGAACUCGAUUUUGAAGAUCUGUCGUGGCUCCGAAAGAGCUGAGUUGUGGUACGCUCCUGAGCAUUAUAAUGCUACGUAUGGGUUCGGCGGGAUUUUCUCUGUUGGGGAUACUCUGGUUGUUUCGGAUACGCUUUCUGGUGGUUUGGUGACGUUCAAUGCCAGGAAGGAGGUGCCAGAGCCUCACUACGUGCCUCUGCAAGGUCUGCCCCAGGAUUAUCGACCGCUCAUGGCCGAUGGGCUGUUUGCUCCAGGCAAGUAUGGCGGAAAGAUCGCCCUUUGGUCGGACGACUACAAUGGAACGUCUGUGUACGGAAGUCAUGAUGGGUGGAAGUCGGCUCAUUUCCUGGGUCUCGUUGAGAACGAAGAGCUGACGGCUGAGGGAGGCUUCACCGUGGCUUCGUUCGACAUCGGGGAGAGGCUCUUUGUGGUCACGGAGUUCUUUCAGGUGAAUCUGCCGCCUCAGCCCAAAGCGAGCUGGUCGACUGUUGAUAUCACCGCUGCGGUUGAUGGGAUUAUCGAGAGGGCUGGGUUUGGAGAGGGAAAGGCAUUGUCGUCUUGA